GUUUUGACGUUUGGUAGGGGUGCAUUUGGUAUCAAAAGUGAAAACUACCGAGUGCUGGUUCCGCAACUCUUCUUCAUCAGGGUUUCCUCCACAGUCCAGAGUAAAAGGGGAAGAUCUAUUUCUGUGAACUCGAACCAAGAAAUGGAAAAAUACAAAGAAGCAGACAAGGAUAAAGAAUCAGAAGCAAAGAAUGAACCAAAAAACCAUGCCCACUCUAUCGAAAAAACUGAACCAGAACCAAAGCCAGAACAAGAAAAGCACAUCAUCUCAGACCCACCAUCACCCGCCACCCACUCUUUCCCUCCUCAUUCCCACCCAGACCACAAACCCCCGUCGCUACCAUUGGACUCCUCAUCCCCCUCUUCACUUUCCUCCGAUCAUUCCUACCACGGUCAUGACCUCAAUCACUCCUUCGCACCCGACCCAGAUGCCCCACCGGCGGUCCCGGUGAAUCGUUCGUCCCGGGCAUACCCAGCGGCGGCGAUUGCCAAGGUGGACCCUGGAGCACAAGACGGCUUCGUCAGCUUCGGAGAAGUUGAAGCAAACACUAUUAGCCGUGAUGGUGCUAAUGGCGGUGGAGGUAACCGAAGGUUAAGACCAAAUCUUUCGAUACUGAGGAGGACGAGGUGGGACAACAUGGUGAAGAAGGCGUUGUUGUCGUCAAGGAUUUCUGGGUUUGUGCUUUGCUUGAUCUCCUUUUCGGUUAUGGCGGCCGACAAGGAUCAGGGUUGGGCUAUUGAGUCUUUCUACCGGUACAAGGAGUUAAGGUACUGUAUGGCUGUGAAUGUGAUAGGGUCUGCAUAUUCAGGGCUGCAAGCGUAUGAUCUUGUGAAUUAUAUCACCACCGGGAAACACAUAGUCUGGCACCCCCUCCGUCGUCACUUUGAUUUCUCAAUGGAUCAGAUGUUGACUUAUCUUCUGAUGUCAGCCUCAUCAUCUGCUGCCACCAGAGUUUAUGACUGGCAAUCCAACUGGGGUAAAGACAAGUUUCCUGAGAUGGCAGGUGCAUCCGUGGGAUUGUCCUUUGUUGCAUCUGUGGCCUUUGCCUUGAGCUCUCUCAUUUCUGGUUAUACCCUUUGUAAAGCCUCAUAGUUAAAGACCAUUGCCAGAUCAGUAUAUUAUACGGUCUUAAAUUCCAAAGAUUCUGUCUUUCCCCUUCCUGAAGUGCUAGCAAUGGUAGAUUGUUGAAAGGAGAGACUAAUGCGAAAGAAACACUUUACAGUCUCUUGAGCCAUGGAUAAUUAUCAUGGCCUCUUGAUAAGCAUAUUUCUGCAUGUAUGUCACCGAUAUUCCACCUUAUGACAGUUUUUUUCAGAGAACACUCAAACAGCUUGGAAAUUCUGUUUGCUAAUGUAAUCACAGCAAAGGAGUUUUACAUGCCGCAAGAUUGUAGUACGGAGCUUAUGUAGAGAAUCAGUAACGUCAACGGGGGGGAAAAAUCGGCAAAAACAGUUGCAGAGCGCUACUUGAGGCCACUGCAAUGAUUUGGUGUUUAAUUUUAAGCUAUGCUUUCCAUUCCCUAGCAAAUAUUUCAUGAGUUCUAAUCGCCAUACUCUAAUCUGUGAAUGCAUUAAUAAAUAAAAAUUGUUGGAGCUGA